CUUCUUCUCAUCUUGCCUCAUCUCAUUCUCAUUCUCAUCUUUCUCUGCAGUCGACCUUUCUCAUUCUGCUCCUUUUCUUUUAUUUCAUUCCACUCCGCCUCCUCCUCUUGUUCCUGAAACCAGACCACUGGCAUUUUAAUCACUAGCAAAAAGAGAAUGUGGUCCUGGCAGCACUAGAAAACACGUUCACCUGCUCGCACAUCCUCGCAUCGCAACCUUCCUCCUCUACCUCCUCUUUAACCUCUUCUUCGUCAAAGACAGAGAAACAAUAAUAUCCUUGCUCAAGCUGUGGCCACAAUUGCAUUGCCUUGCUUUUAAUGACCCUUUUGUAGCAACGGCCCUUUUUUUCCCGCCAAUUAUUUUCAAAAAAACAACCAUGACCUCUGUCAUUCCUCAACCAUGGCCAGGUUCUGGUGUCGCCGACACAGCAUCAUGCCCACUUCGGGGGCAAGGACAGAACACACUCCAGCAGGCAAUAUCAACGCAGCAUCAAUUAUACCAAACAGAUGAGCCCCUAGGCCAGGAUUAUCGUUACCAUCUUCCAGCCCCUCUGACAUACCAGCAACAGCAACCAUCCCACCCUAAUGAACACAAUCAUCGUCCGCUGCAACUCAUCAAUCAAGAGUACGAUCAGGACUAUCCCCACCUGUACCAUAAAUCCCAUCGAACCUCCGAUGGGCGAACAGGCAGAGAUACUUCUUUACGGUCAAAGACCGCAAAACGGGUCAGCAAAGCUCUACCGCCGGAUCCACUUAUGAAGCAAAGACAGCGAUCUUUUAAGAGCGGAUCAUCGAAUAAGCUCGAAGCCGACAGUGAAGCCGCUGUCAACAAGGACCUUCCACUUCCACCAGCACCGACAUUCACGCUUCCCUCUGCUUAUAGCCACCAGCAACCGUCUGACGAACCAGAAAGACGUCUGCGAUCCGACUCGCAAUCUGAAGUGACUUCAGCAACAUCUUACCACCUUCCCUCCCGUAGUAUGGCCGAUCUUCAGCACAGCGUGUUCAUGGACCCAGGUCAGAUGGAGUCGACUCCAUAUAUACCGCCUGCGAGCAAGAAAGGGAUCGUCAUCGAUCGACCCUACAGCUACUACAAAGUUUCACCAAAGGAGCCCCAGAGAGUGACAAAGAUCGAUUCUCCCUUCGGCCCUCCUGAAGUUACUCCAGUAAUGCCAUCUUUUCAAGAGAGGCCGCGCAACAAUAGUGGGAGCAGCGGUUCUUCGACCUAUCAUACCCACCCGUCUCAAGCAAAUCCAUUUGUGCCUCCAGCGCAGUACCAGCCUGCUCAGUUCUACCAACAGUACCAGUCAACGACACGGAGUGAUGGGUCAAGGAAGGAGCAUCCCGAUCAGGAAGACCCCGUCGCCGCGAAGACAGAGUUGUUAUUGACCACCCAAUCGACAGGCGCCACUCAUGCCACGCGGGAAAAAUCAAACUCUAAUAGGCAUCAUCCGCUAGCUACCUCACCCUGGCCAGAAAAAACAAUCUCUCAGGUACCACCAACAGCAGCAGAGGCUAGCAGUGGUCAGCUUUGGGAAGAAAAUCAUCCGACUCGGAGUCACAGUAACGGAAAGGGGCCUCUUCAGACCCGGCAGCAGCGCUCACAGAAUGGUGGGCAAGGCUACGACAUAGACCAACUCCGACGGCAAGAUUCACUUGGCACAGCACAACCGACGCGAAAGGCAUCUGGCAGCAAUUUGCUGCGAAUGGCGCGUCAGGCAUCUGGUACGGCGCUCAAAGGCAUGGGCUUGAGCAGAAAGGCUUCUGAGAAGAACCAAAGCUCGAGUCAAAAGUCUAUACACGCAAAAGGCGAGGAAGCUGCUGCCACCGCUCAACUUUCCACUUACGAGCAGAACUCGCAGGUCUGGGCGCAGCAAAACAGUCGAUCGCAGACAAAUUUACAGCGAAGACCUUACCCAGGCAACUCCUCCAGCAAUCAGCAAACCCAGGACUAUGCCUUUUCCAGGACAUAUGAAGCCGAGCUAGGACGGAACAGAUCCUUGCCUGACAUCAAAUCACCUUCUUCUGCCGACAGUCGAACACCCGUUAGAGGAAGUUCCCUCACCCAUCCAAAGGCAAAUCCCGGUCCGUUUCACAACCGGCAGAGAUCGCAGCACCAUCUCCAGCACCCAUAUCAGGCCGCCACUGCAAUGUCAAAUGAACCAAUCACUGCCGCAACACCCCCAUCCAUGGGAUCUGACGUCAUCCAGGAUGCCUACGGAGGCACCACAGAUGACUGGCGACAGGCGCAACAGGCUGAGAAGGAAGCGAAAGAGCGGCAAAAUCUCAGAGAUUCUAGUCCCAAAGCACGGUCUGGCCACUCCUCCAUUAACUCCGUAAGCACAUUGAAUCUGCCGCCCACUACAGCACUACCAACGACAUCAGCACUAAAUAGAUCCACUAGUAGGAUGCUACUGCCUGACAGGGGUCGACCCACAAACUCGGCAUCGCUCGGAGACCCAUCCUCUUGUAAUGGACGGGACAAUGUCGGGCCUGAGCCAACAGAAGGAAACACUUCUCUAGCUAAGGCUACUGUGCAGCCGGGAGGUAUUUUAUCUCAGUUACAGGCUGCUACUGAGGCUGGGCAGAUCAUUGACCCGGCCAUGGGGAUUUGUUCGCAGAAGGAGGGCCUUUAUAUUCAGCGAUCCAACACUGCGCCAUAUCCUUAUCGUGAAAACAGAGCCAUUACUGAAGAGGAUGAGGCGGACUCUAUGUCUGGCUGCGGCUCAAAGACACAUGGGCCGCUAGAGUACAGCAAGAGCGAGGGCUAUGCCGCUGCCUCGCGAAACAACAGGCAGCAGAAGCGAGCGCAGCAACAACAACAGCAUCAGCACCAAUCGCAGCCAAAUCAACCAUCAGAUCGACAGCAGCACCAGCAGCAGCGUCAAGCGCAACCGAGUGUUUCUCAAAAUCAUCCAAAUCACAAUGAACUGGACCACCUGCCCCACCAGCAGCCUAGUUACCAGGUCCAUCAUCAAUCUCACCAAGCCUACCAUGACCAGCCUUACGAACAUCACCAAAGCCAAUGGCAGCAGCAGCAGCAUCAUCAACAUCAGAGAAAUCAGUCACUAUCGAGAUCGCGAGCCAUGUCGAACGACUCCUUAGCCGAUACAAACAAGGACUUGCCGCCCACGCCCGGUCGUACACCCCAAACAGCUCUUCAAGGACAGGAUAGUCGUCACACACCUGGUCAGAUACAAACCGGACAACUUCAGCAGAGCGAAUCUCAAUCUCAAACCCAGAGACAGCGUUUGCGAAGCGAAAGUCAGCCCGAGUCGUCCAGAUGCCAUAACCAGCAUCACCAGCAGGCAAUGGCAUCGAACACAGCUUCUGGAGAAGGCGCUCUUGUGCGAUCUAUGUCGCCGCCGCGCAACAAACGCAUUUCACACGAGAGAUCGGGAAGUGCGGGACAGCUCACGCGUGGUGGUAGCCAUGGCCAGCAUGCUUUGACAUACAGCAACCCCAGCAGUGGACAAAAGGAGAGGCUAAAGUAUGGCCCCGAUAUUCUACCAUUGCCAGUGAUCCCGUCUCCAGAAGAGUUUCUCAAGAAAAACUCCAACCUGGGGAUCCUGCCACAAGAUGUCUUGAGGACACUAGACUCCCAGACAAUUCAAAAAGUCAUCACACAGGCUGUCAUUGCUAGCCGUCUGUACAAAGCCCUCACACUCGAGGAAGUUGAGAGCCUGAAGAAGGAGCAAGAGGAUCUCCGAAAAUACGUCGAGCAGCUCAGUGCCUCCCUCAUGAUCGAGACACGCAUGCGCGACGCGUCGCAUUCUCUGAUCCGCUUGCACGAAAGCAACACGAACUUCGAUGCUGUCAAGGCAGCAACCAGUCAACUGAAUGCCACGACUCGCAAGAUGGACCAGAUUGUCCAGAAGACGCAGCAAGCGAUGGAGCGGCUUCUAGAGAUCCAGCGUUUGCUGCUUCAGCACGAAGGCGCGGUUCUCAACGCUGGCAUGCGGCGCCUCGAUGGAAAUAAUCGCGAGUUGACGAGAGCUGUCCAAGAGCUUGAAACAGCGAGGGACCGGGAGAAGGAGGAGAAGCUCAAAUGGAAGAAAGAGCAUUCGCAGCUGAGGAUCCAGAGUAUGGUCUUCCCUAACCCGCCUGGAUUGGAGGAAUACCACGGCGCGAUGGCUAAUGGAACCUCUUCGAGCAGCGCAGAAUCCACGAUUCGGAGACGUAAGUCUUCUUCCGGACGUAAGUCGCCUUCGACAGCGCAGUCCGCCACGCCAUCGAACGAACCCGUACCACCCAUCCAGCAGCAGCAGCACGAUGCCCGUCUCGCAGCGCUUGAGAACUACAUGAAGGAUCUCAAUGAGGAGAUCAGCAAGAAGGACGAGCGCGUCAGUCAGCUCGAGAGCCAAGUCCGUAUGGUCAUUGUCUGGGCUGAUGACUUUGCAGGAUCUCUCAGGGCCAAACUUGGCUUCGACAACUCGGUCGAGGAAUCCGUGGGUCAAGAUAAUGUGUGCUCGUCUAAAUUGCAAAAGCAACUGGCGCAGCUGCAGUUGAGAAUCGAGGAGGGCUUCAGAAUAAUGGAGGCCAAUGCUCACGAGCUCAAGGUGAAAACGCAGGAGGCUGAGAUCGCCAAGAGUAAGGCUCUCGAGUUUGCGGCUACGACGCUCACCAACAGUAGCAUGGUGGCUGGACAAAUGGGUCUGGCCCGCUCCUCGUUCAAUUCGAGCCAAGGAUCAGAUAUUCCUCGAUCGCGCUCUAGACAGCAUGAUCACCAGCAGCAGCAGCAACAAUCGCAGCCUUCACGCCUCCGAAGUCCCUUCAAUCGGUCCAAGACUUCCUUGAACGAAUCAACGCUCCCAACUCAGCACCAUAAUAACUCGGACCUCAACGUAAUUUUGAACGAGAGCCUUUUGGAGCUGGAUCUUCAAACCAUUUCUUCCUCAUCCAGCUCUUCGGCAGCCCUCACACCGGAUAUUACAACAAGUAGCGCAUCUCAGCACUCAAAGAGUCCAGUUCACCAGCGGCAGGAUUUGGUCCGACGCUCGUCUCGCUCGAAGCAGUCAGCACAGCCGCAACCCAAGGAUGAUCUUGUCAUUGGAGACGCACAUGAGGAAAUCAAGAGACUGAACGCCAUGGUGGACGAACUCGAACGCGUAGUGAAGAUGAAGCUGCUAUAAAUAAAGCAAACACUAUAAUGACUAUGAC